AAGAAAUAAAGUACAUUCCAACUGGCGUCAUUUUAAACAUAAAGUUUGGAAAAUUUUUAAUGCCCCUUAAAGCCAACUGGAGGACCUCUUGGCCCAAAGGAAGAUGGUUUUUUGUUUUGUUUUGUUUUUUGGGGUGCAUUUGAGCAAACUCAGGCGGCCUGAGACGCACGCCCGCGCAGAUGUACCUUAUUUAAAACGAGGUGCCCGGUGGUUGCAGGCUCCUGGCCUGGAGGGUGCUUGUGAAUACAGUUUCCCCGAAAACCCGGCUGGUGCUGGGUUGCUGGACCUCGGAAAGCAGCAGCCAGCCGAUAUGAGGAAAGAUCUGUAAUGACCACAAACACAUUCAAAGGAACGCGCGUCCUGGGAGGCGAGGAGUUGCCAGGUGCAUAAAGCUCACCUUGACCCAAGCGUGUCCAACGCUCCCUCUGUUUGGCCAAAUCCACGGCGCUUGAAGAGGCCUCCAGCCGCGCGCGGGGUCCCCAGGUCCUUUGCCUCCAAGCCGAGCUGCUUUGGCACUUGUGCGCUCUGUGCCGCGCGCCGGGGGGGCCCCCUUCUCACGCUCUGUUUGUGUUGGUGCUUCUCAGCAGGUGGUCACGCAUGAGAGGAGGCCCUGGUGGCGCAGACGAUGGAGAAUAAAAAUCCCGACAGCUCCCCCACGACCACGACGCCCACGACCACGGACCUCAAAGACCUCAAGCUCGUGGCCCACCCGCGCGCCAAGAGCAAGGUGUGGAAAUACUUCGGCUUCGACACGAACGCGGAGGGGUGCAUCUUGCAGUGGAAAAAGAUAUAUUGUCGCAUCUGCAUGGCGCAGAUCGCCUACUCCGGCAACACCUCCAACCUGUCCUAUCACCUGGAGAAGAACCACCCGGAUGAGUUCUGCGAGCUGGUCAAGAGCAACACGGAGCAGAUGCGCGAAGCUUUCGCCACCGCCUUCUCCAAGCUCAAGCCCGAGACCUUGCAGCUGACCCCUCAGGACAAGAGACAGCAGGAACUCACGGCCGCUGUGCUCGCGCUCAUCUCCGAGGGGCUGUACCCCGCGUCCAUCGUGGAUGAACCCACAUUCCGGGCGCUGCUGAGGACCGCGGACCCCUGGUACGAGCUGCCGGGGAGGAAGUUUUUCUGCGCCAAGGCCAUCCCCGAGCGGUACAGCGCUGUCCGCGAGGCGGUGCUCAAAGAGCUCGCGGAGGCCCCCUGGUGCGGCAUCUCCACCGACCUGUGGAAGAGCCACACCCAAAACCGGACCUAUGUCACGCUGGCUGCGCACUUCCUCGGUGGAGGGGGCGCGGGGUCUCCCAGCUCCCUGUCCUCGGGCUACGGCUACCGGUGCCUGAAGACGUUCGAGGUGCCGGAUGAAAACGCAGCGGAGACCAUUACGCGCGUCCUGUACGAGGCGUUCAUCCAAUGGGGCAUCAGCGCCAAGGUGUCCGGGGCCACCACGGACUGCGGCAAGGACGUGGCCAAGGCGUGCGCCCUGCUGGACAUCCCCGUGCAGAUGCGGUGCCUGGGGCGCACGUUCGACGCGGGCAUCCAGCAGGCGUUCCGGCUGCCCAAGCUGGGCGCGCUGCUGGCGCGGUGCCGCCGCCUGGUCGAGUAUUUCCAACACUCCCCCGUGGCCAGGUACAUGCUCUACGAGAAACAGAAGCAGCAGCGGCAGCCCAACUGCAUGCUGGUCAGCGACCGCGUGUCCUGGUGGGGCACCACCCUGGCCAUGCUGCAGAGGCUCCGGGAACAGCAGUUCUCCGUGGCCGGGGUGCUGGUGGAAGAUACCAACAACCACCACCUGAUGCUGGAGGCCUCCGAGUGGGCCACCAUCGGGGGGCUGGUGGACCUCCUGCAGCCCUUCAAGCAGGUGGCGGAGAUGCUAUCCGCCUCCAAGCACCCCACCAUCAGCAUGGUGAAGCCGCUGCUCCAUAUGCUCCUGAGCACCACGCUCAACAUCAAGGAGACGGACCCCAAGGAGAUCAGCAUGGCGAAAGAACUCAUCGCCAAGGAGCUCGCCAGCACCUACCAGGAGACGCCCGAGAUCGAUAUGUUUCUCAACGUGGCCACCUUCCUGGACCCGCGCUACAAGAAGCUGCCGUUCCUGUCCGCCUUGGAGAGACAGCAGGUGGAGAACAGGGUGCUGGAGGAAGCCAAGGGGCUCUUGGAGAAAGCCAAGGACGGCGCCUACCGCGCGCCUGAGGACCACAUGUACGGGCUGCCCGAGGAGCCCCCCGAAAAGAAGCCGGCCUUGACCUCCACGCCCCCGCCGCCCCCCGCGAGCGUGAUCAACAGCAUGCUGGCGGAGAUUUUCUGCCAGACCGGGGGCGCAGAAGACCAGGAGGAGUGGCACGCGCAGGUGCUGGAGGAGCUGAGCAACUUCAAAUCCCAGAAGGUGCUGGGGCUCAACGAGGACCCUCUGAAAUGGUGGUGCGACCGCCAGGCGCUGUUCCCGGUGCUGCCCAAGGUCCUGCAGAAAUACUGGUGCGUGGCGGCCACGUGCGUCCCGCCCGAGCGCCUCUUCGGGUCGGCGGCCACCGUGGUCAGCGCCAAACGGCACCGCCUGGCCCCGGCGCACGUGGACCAGCAGGUGUUUCUGUACGAGAACAGCCGCGCCGGGGCAGAGCCCGAGCCCGAAGACGACGAUGAGGGCGAGUGGGAUCUGGACCACGAGCAGGUGCUCACCUUCGGGGAGGCCGUGCACAGCGGUUUCUUUGGGGUCAGGGACAGCGGCUUCGUGUAGCUGGGGGGACCCCGCGGAUGCGGUGUCAGGGUGGGCGCCGCUGUAAAUACAGACCCCGCGGUUGGUUGUGACAAAAACGGGGACAUGCGGACCCCGCCGGUGCCAUCCCAUGAACCAGGAGGGCACCAGUUGGGUUCCCGGUCAGGGCGCGUGCGGGGCUGUGCGCUUGACUCCCGACUAGGGGCGCGCAGGAGGCAGCCGGCCCAUGACUCUCUCAUCAGUGUUUCUCUCUCUCUCAAAACCAAUAAAAACAUUUAAAAAAAUAAAUACAUGGUAGUCAUUUAUAGUAUCGAUUACAACGCCCGCAACUGUUUCCAAGUUCGCGGCGCCGCAAC